AGCAUCAGACGGAAAGUCUCUGGUCGGGAAAAAGAAAAAGAAAGAGAGAAGGAAAAAAAAUGGGAGUGCAAGGACUGUGGGAGCUCUUGGCUCCGGUGGGUCGUCGUGUCUCCGUUGAAACCCUCGCCGGGAAACGACUCGCCAUAGAUGCGAGUAUAUGGAUGAUACAGUUCAUGAAGGCGAUGCGUGACGAGAAGGGGGAGAUGGUGCGGAAUGCGCACUUGAUUGGUUUUUUCCGGCGAAUUUGCAAAUUAUUGUACCUUCGGACGAAACCGGUGUUUGUCUUCGACGGAGGAACUCCGGCGUUGAAACGCCGCACCGUCGUCGCUCGCCGUCGUCAGAGAGAGAAUGCUCAGGCGAAGAUUCGGAAGACCGCCGAGAAAUUGCUGCUCAAUCGGCUUAGGGACAUGAAUCUUAAGGAGCAAGCCAAGAAUCUUGAGAACCAGAGAUGGCAGCAGCAGAAGAGUAAUGCUAAAGAGAAAAAACGCGUAGCCUCUGAAAUGUUGCAAAGUAAACCGGGAUCUUCUGCAUUGAUAGGUGAUGCGAGCUCAAGUGGUGCUGAGGGAAAUCGAAAUGAAAUGUCGACAGCAUCUGUUGUUGCAGAAGAUGGUGUUGAUAUAGUCACGGAAGGGUUAACGAAGAAUGACUCCAAGGGUAAGAGUGUUUUAUUGGAUGAAGAUGAUCUAGUUAAAAACAUGAAGAGCAAUCCUGAAAGGGAUACUGCAGUACUGAUGAAGGAUUAUCAGGAAAAGUUGGAUGAAAUGCUGGCAGCAUCCCUUGCAGCGGAAGAAGAUGGAAAUUUAACUAGUAAUGCAUCGACCUCAGCUGCAGCAAUCCCUUCUGAGGAAGAAGGCAGUGAUGAAGAUGAACAACUGUUACUGCCAGCAAUGGACAGGAAUAUUGAUCCAGCUGUCUUGGCUUCUCUUCCUCCAUCCAUGCAACUUGACCUCCUUGUUCAGAUGAGGGAAAGAUUGAUGGCAGAAAACCGACAGAAGUAUCAGAAGGUCAAGAAGGCCCCUGAAAAAUUCUCUGAGCUACAAAUACAAGCAUAUCUUAAAACUGUGGCUUUCCGGCGGGAAAUUAAUGAAGUUCAGAGAGCUGCUGCUGGAAGGGGUGUUGGUGGAAUCCAAACUUCAAAGAUAGCUUCUGAAGCAAACAGAGAAUUUAUUUUCUCAUCUUCCUUUUCCGGGGACAAAGAAGUACUUGCAUCUGCUAGAGUGGGAGGAAAUGGUGAAAAUCAGCAAAAUACGCCCAAGCAAACUGUGUCAGUCUCUGUUGAGAGGAGUUCUUCUCUGAAUAAAUCCAAUGCUGCCACUGAUGGGGAUAUGGAUGGACCUAGGAAUCAUGAUGAAGAUAUUGAAGUAUAUUUGGAUGAAAGGGGGCGCUUUAGAAUAAGGAACCGACAUAUGGGAAUCCGGAUGACUCGUGAUAUUCAAAGGAACUUGGAUUUGAUGAAAGAAAAGGAGAAAGCGAGUUCUAAUUCUAUUUCUAACAAUGAUGAGAUAUACAGUGCCUGGGAAAAUUUUCCUACCGAGGACCAGUUUCUUGAAUCUUUACUGAGUGAGAAAGUCGGAUCUGCAAACUUAAACAGUCAAGAUGAAGAUUCCAUGCCCCAAAACACAUCUCCGUUAGAGAUCUCAUUUGAAGAUGAUGGUGGCAGAAAGGGUCUCGAUGAUGACGACGAUGAUAUAUUUCUUCAGUUGGCAGCAGGAGGACCAGUGACUAUCAAUUCUACUAAAAACAAUAAUAAAGAAGAAUUUCUGCCUGAUUCUUCUGACAGUGAUUGGGAAGAAAUGCCUGUUGAGCAGAAGGCUAGUGUUCCUAGGGCUGAUUGUGACCACAGCAAUCAGCAUAUUCUGCAGGUAGUGAACACUAGUGAGAUGGGUGCUGCAGAAAGGGAAGAAACUACUUGUGCGGAUCCCAAGAACUCGCCCGGGGAUAUUUCAGUAAAACAAUUAUCAAAAAGCUAUUUGGAAGAGGAAGCUGAUUUGCAGGAGGCUAUCAAAAGAAGCCUUCUCGACUUAGAUAAUAAUACAUCCAAUUCUUUGUCAUCUAAGUUUGACGCGCAAAAGGAAUCUGGCACUAUCCUUCUUGGGAAAAAUCAUAAGGUAGGGGUAAAUCAAAAUUUUGAAAAGCCAACUCAACAUACACUAUAUUCUUUGGAAACUUUAGAUGUAGAUGGAGUUGAGGGAGAAGGAAAUGCGGACAAAUUGACAACCGCAAAAGCUAUUCCUCUGAAUGACCAGUUGGAUGGUGCUAUAGAUGAAAACAUAGAUGGUCAGAGGGGAAUAACUAGUCAUUUUGAUGCACACCUUUCUUCCGGUUUCACUAACGUUGAACAUUAUGUGGACAAUGAAGUAUUGAAGGCAAAGUCAGCCAUCUCCUUCGAGAAAGCAUCAAAUGUUGCUAGCGAUAGCGGUGAGCAGCCCACCAUGAUCAAGCAGUUUACUGAGAAGAGUUCUCAUAGUUUUGGUGGAGUAUUUGACAAAUCAUCUGAUAUGUUUAUAGCUGACGAGAAGAAAUUUUGUUCUCUUGCUGAGGCUUCAAGUCAUGCCAGCGUGAAGAAAGUUCAUGGCGACAAUGAAUUUUCAAGCGUGAUGGAGAAUAAGAGAAAUGAUGCUCCGCAUGAAUUCCAUGGUUCACUUGCCGAGUCAAGAGAUUCUUCUGGCUCUGUCCUCAGAUCUCAUAUAGAGAUAUUGUCUUAUGACACAGAACCAAAGGAUGAAAGUAGGGAGGAAAAGAACACCUCUGAAAAUUUAGAUGAGGAAGGCACUCCGGCCAAAUCUUCAGAAGCAAAUUUGGAGGAGGAAAUCCGAAUUCUCAAUGAAGAAUUUAUAAGCUUAGGUAAUGAACAGAGGAGGCUUGAACGAAAUGCUGAAUCUGUUAGCAGUGAGAUGUUUGUAGAAUGUCAGGAACUACUCCAAAUAUUUGGCCUACCAUACAUUAUAGCUCCCAUGGAAGCAGAAGCUCAAUGUGCGUUCAUGGAACAGUUGAACCUGGUUGAUGGCAUUGUCACAGAUGAUUCUGAUGUUUUCUUGUUUGGAGCAAGAAAUGUUUACAAAAAUAUAUUUGACGAUCGAAAAUAUGUGGAGACAUACUUUAUGAAGGACGUUGAGAAGGAGCUUGGCAUGACCAGAGAAAAACUAAUACGUAUGGCAUUACUUCUAGGAAGUGAUUAUACCGAAGGAGUCAGUGGCAUUGGUAUUGUCAAUGCUAUUGAAGUUUUGAAUGCAUUCCCUGAGGAGGAUGGCCUUCAGAAAUUCCGCGAAUGGGUGGAAUCACCUGAUCCAACUAUACUGGGAAAAACUGAUGCAAAAGCAGGUUCUAGUAUAAAGAAGCGUGGAUCUGUUCCUGUUGAUGAUAAAGGCAGUGUAGAAGGAGGUUCAACAGAGGACACACAAGAAAUAAAGCAAAUCUUCAUGGAUAAGCAUAGAAAGGUGAGCAAGAACUGGCAUAUUCCUUCUACGUUCCCUAGUGAUGCCGUUAUUUCUGCAUACGUGGAUCCACAAGUGGACCAGUCAACUGAUCCUUUCUCAUGGGGAAAGCCUGAUCUUUCAGUUCUUCAGAAGUUGUGCUGGGAAAAGUUUGGUUGGAACAGUAAUAAGACAGAUGAUCUGCUCUUACCUGUCCUGAAGGAGUAUGAAAAGCGUGAGACGCAACUCCGGAUGGAAGCAUUCUACUCCUUUAGUGAAAGAUUUGCAAAAAUCCGUAGUAAAAGAAUUAAAAAGGCUGUCAAAGGCAUUACAGGAACCAUGUUGUCGGAAACGACUGACGAUAUCCUACAUGACGGUGCAAGCAGUGGAAAAAAUGAAGGAGUUGCUUCUGUUGAAAGAGGAGAUAACACAUCAGACAAAGAUUCAAUUAAAGCCGAGAAGGGGGAGGAAAACCAGAGAAGUACUGUGGAAAAAUCAGCCAGAAAGAGGAAGCAAAGCACCAAGCAGGAAAGACGAAAUCUGACUAGGAGUUUAGAGGUGAACAGGAGGGGUAGGGGCAGAGGUAGUGGUAGUGGUCAGAAAAGAGGAAGAGGAAGGGGCCGGAAGGACAUUGCCCCUCAGCUAAAAGAAAGCAGUUCCGAUAACGAAGAUACAGGUUAUGAUUUGUUGGAACAUCAUGACAUUGAGCCAGGAUCUCUUCAAAAAGUGCGAAGGUCAUCACGCAUUCUGAAUCCUGUGAAGUACAAUGUGAAUGAAGAUGAUGCAAUGGCCGAGUUACAGAUCGGUAAAGAAUCCCCAAGUGAAAGCUCGGAAGAAGAAUUCCACAUAACCGAGGAUAGAUUUGGAAAAACUUCGGCUGAAUAUGGUGGAAGGAAACAGAACGAAAAAGCUAUUACAUCGACUAAUGAUUGUGCUUCUGAAGACUAUAUCCAAAUGGGAGGUGGAUUCUGCACAGAUGAAGCUGAGAUUGGCGAACCGUCUAUGAGCCUCAACGAGGAUCUUCACAUAGAGAAUAAACCUUCCGAUGAUUAUCUCAUGGCGGGUGGUGGGUUCUGUGUUGAAGAAGACGAAAGAUCUGAGGACAAAAAAAUUACUGAUGCACCAACUGAAUUUUCCGGAGAUGACAUCCCUGGAGGUUUGGACACCGUGGAUGAAUCAGACAGUGACAGGCUUCAGAGUUUGGCAGAGGAUCAGACAUACAAAAAGAAAGUUAAACGUCCCAGUGAAGAUCUGCCCGCGGAGAACGAUACAGUUGAAGUGGGGACUUCUUCGGUUGGAGGUUUAUGUGCUAUGCCCUUCUUGAAGAGAAAGAAGAGGCGGAAUUGCUGAUGGUAUAGUGAAUCAUCUUUUGUAAAUCUUUAGAGCUUCCGUGGCCCAUGUGAAUGGUUGUCCGUAGUGGGGCCACCAAAUAUCUGAAUGUGCUUCAUGUUAUCACAUAUUUAUAUCUUUUGGUGCAAGGUAGCUCUGAACUUCACUGUUUAUAUUUAAAGAAUGAAAACCACUGAUUUGUCACA